AUGGUGUACACUUCGUUGACUGACAUCCCUCGUAACCUUAAAGAAGGUAUUGACUGGUUGUUGGCCGUGAAGGGAGCCGAUGCUGAAAAGAACUUAGCGGCCAUGGGCGCUGCCCUAUACGACUUUCUCGUAGACAAGCCUGUAGGCUUCACGGAGGUGCCAGCUCUCGAGAAUGUUAAGCUUAUUUCGAAAGAGUUCCUGGAGCGACAGGAAUUUAAGGACAUGUGGCCUGCAAACGAGCUGCUGGGGAGAUUCAACAACCAUGUGAAGACACAAAACAUAGACCACCUUAAGUACCCGUUUCCCAUAAACGACAGCGAUUUUUCGAAUGUCGUGCGUGCCAGGCGUGCCGUACCUGAAAAAAUCGCAGAGGACCUAGGUAGGAUUGUGGAUGGUUGCGAGAGCUUCCUGGAGCAUAUCGUACUCCCUGAGCAGUAUUUAUCUGCUUAUAAUUCAGAAGCAACUUGGAAGAAAUCAUGUUCGGAAAAGCCGGAAGAUUGCGCAGUGGUACUUGUGGGUAUUGCGCCAAUGUUGUACGCAGGACUGCGUUCUUUGAAGGUCGCGUGCGACAAUGAACGCCUAGGUGGGGUACCAGGGGCUAAGGCGAUGAGCAGUUUGGGAAGUGUACUGUUGGCUGAUGGUUACCAGGAAAAGCAAUGGCCCACUGCAAUGACCCCUUCAUAUGUCGCUAAGGCGUUGGAAGGUGUGAGUCAUGAGGUGUUGGUCACGCUCUACGACUUCGCUGGAUUCUGGGCUUUCUAUGGAUUGCAUGACCCCAACAAUGUUCCAGCUGUAAAAUCUGGCGAGCUUGACAAGGACGCACAGGAGUUUAUUGACUUCUACGUCAACAUGAAGCCCAUUAACCCUCCCAAGAAGAAGUUGCAGUUCAUUAAGUCGCCCAGCACAUACACUGCCACCGGAUCGAACAACAUGUAUUACCCCUGGCUGCCAACAGUGUUGGAUAUGGGUGAUACUGUCCCACUUUAA